AUGGAUUAUGAAUAUGUUAUCACACCUGGACAAAAUCCAGUUAUAAUUAUUAAUACACCUGCUGCUCCUUCGAAUCCUCCAAAUACUCCUGAACCUCCUAAAUCUGAUGAAAAACCACCUGAAUCAAAAGAACCGAAUAAAGAAGAUCCUAAAAAUAAAAAUCCAGAUGAUCAAAAUCCAAACCAAACUCCUGCUACUAACACACCACCGAUCAUUGUUAUGCCAAAUCCUCAAUACAUAUUUAUACCGACCAACUGGGGUUACUUGAAUCCAUAUACAUGGUGUAAUAUCUUAUAA